AUGAAAGUAGGAGCCUAUUUCGAGAAAACCAUGGCAAAGCCAAUUGAAAAAUGCAGUACUUAUUCUCCUGAAUCUACAGUGUCUUCUCUUCUAGCAAGUUGCAGCUCAAAGAGCAGGAAUUCUUCAAACUCCAGUGGACCUAUAACGUAUAAAAACAAGCUUUACAGCUCUGCUUCUCAGGCAUUACAGGCUUAUAUAGAUGAUUUUGAGCUAAACACUAUGUCUCGUGAUAAAAGUAUUAGAAAGUUUAACCUUGUUCAAAAUUCCAAGUUCUCCAAACUUCUUUCUAAACCACCAAAUGGUGUUGAAGACUUUGACUGCAAAAGAUCAAAGUCGUUGUCUUUUAGAAACCCCAUGAUAAAUGACAUCGACUCUAUUAGUUUAACAACUGAUGAUCUAGUACGUUUACCACCAGAUGGAUCAUUAUCUACCAACACUUAUCUUGGAUCAGUGCAUCAAAAUAGCAAGAAGGACAGAAAAUUUCUUAAAAAAGCUUCAUACCAUGAAAGAAAUCCCAGGUUUCUAGAUUAUUGCAACCCUGUGGGAAAUGAGGAUCUAUUUACUCCUGUUUUAUUCUCAGAUACCAAUGAAAAACAUUAUGGUGUGAUUAAAAAAACUUCAAAUAAGCAUCGUAAAUACAUUUCAGCAUCAUCAACAUAUUCUUCAGAGAAGGCUUCUCCCAAAGAAAAAUCAAAGCACCAUACUAGGAAAAAUUACCCAAGAUGGCUUACUAGCCAGAAGUCUGAUCUUAAUGUGUCAGGAAUAUCUAGUAUUCCUGAUUACAAUUAUCCACUUUGGUUACACGAUCAAGAUUUGUUACCUGAUUCAUACAGUGAAAGUAGUGCUGAGACGCAAAAAAGUGAACACACUUACAUGGAAAAAAGAAAAACUCAGUUUGCUCAUAAAUUGGAUUGUUAUGAACAUUCACUUAGACAUUGUAGCAUUUCAGACUCCAGGAGUGACAAAGUAUUAGUUAAUUGUAAACAACACUGUGAACUUGGCCAAUUUCAGUGUGAGACUGGACCUUUCUCAGGUCAAUCCAAAAAGCCAUUCAGUGAUGACAAAAUUGAAUUGCUUAUCCUGAAGGCCAAGAGAACUUUAGAACAUUCUUCUGGAGAAUCAUCAAGUACUAUGAAAAAUGAUGUCAGUCUCUGCUCACUAGAUAAACUAGAAGCAGAAAGAUCAUGGGAAAAUAUUCCAGUUACUUUCAAAUCACCUGUGCCUGUGGAUUGUGGUGAAAAACCUCAACAAAUCGUAAAGGUGACACGUGUUCAUGGAUGCCUUGAGGAUUGUUCAGAUAAGGAUAAUCUGGUAAAGACAAAUACGCUAUCUGGAGGUAAACAUCAUGGUCCUGUUGAAGCUCUGAAACAAAUGUUAUUUAACCUUCAAGCAGUGCAAGAAAGUUUUAAUCAGUAUAAAUAUGCUGAGCCACAUGAAGAGAUUAAACAAAGCGAGAAUUUGUACUCUGAGUGCUGCUUGAGCUGCAUCCCCAAAAUGUUGUGUCCACAGGAUGAACAGUCUAUAAAUGAAGAUGUAAUGCCUAUUGCUAGAUCUCUUCAGAAGGCUUUGCACCAUCUGUCCCACCUGCGAGACCUUGUUGAAGAUACCCGUGCCAAACGGAACCUAAUAAAACCACCAAAAAAUGAAAACUGUCUAACC